AUGGACUUGGCUGCACAAACUACGAGGCGCAGAUCCAGCUUCCGUGGGUCAAUACGAUCAGAAGACUGGCCCGAGGAAGUCAAUGCUUCACUUUCUCCGCAUCACGAGCGGAAGUAUAUCAACGGAGACAGACGAAAUACUGGGGUCAAAGUCUUGAGCGAUGGUCGGCUAGAUAUAAAGAUCAACGAGCAUAUUCCACAACUGGCAGGGCUAUUGAAUCGUAUCCAAACGACAACUCCGCCACCAGACCUAGAGGAGUUAGAGGGCGAACCGACUCCAGAACCAAUACCAAAAGACGGGGGGAAAGACUUCCCGCUGAAAAUGAACAUCGUUAUUCAAGUUAUCGGAUCCCGGGGCGACAUCCAACCGUUCCUUGCGCUGGGCAAAGAGUUGAAAGCACAUGGACACCGCGUACGGCUAGCAACCCACCUCAUUUUCCGGGACUUUGUGCUUGACGGCGGCUUGGAGUUCUUUAAUAUCGGUGGAGACCCUGAGGAAUUGAUGGCAUUCAUGGUCCAAAAUCCAUCCCUCCUUCCCGCAUUCAGGACGAUUCGCAGCGGCGCCAUCCAAAAACGCAGGCGCGAAAUGAAGGAAAUCAUAAAUGGAUGUUGGAAGUCAUGUAUUGAAACAGGCGACGGUACAGAUUUGCAUCAAAUUAAGGAGGAUCUCUGGAGUGACACGGUGGACUAUCGUCGAAGGCCGUUUGUUGCUGAUGCAAUAAUUGCUAACCCGCCCAGCUUGGGCCAUAUCCAUUGCGCACAGCGGUUGGGGAUUCCACUUCACCUAAUGUUCACAAUGCCCUGGUCGGCUACCCAGUCAUUUCCGCAUCCUUUAGCCGUUCUCCACCAGCAGGAUUGCAAGCCAACAAUUGCAAACCUCGUGUCUUACACCGUGGUGGAUAUGAUGAUUUGGGAGGGACUGGGAGAUCUUGUCAACUCGUGGCGGAAGAAGUGUCUCACACUCGAUCCAUUGGACUCAAUCACUGCGCCGAAUUUGCCCGCACGCCUCGGCGUUCCGUUCUCAUAUCUGUGGUCGCCGGCAUUGUUGCCAAAGCCACGCGAUUGGGCCGAGAACAUCGACAUUUGCGGGUUUAGUGUGCUACCCGCAAAGUCCGACUACAAACCCCCAAAAGAGAUAGAUGACUUCCUCAAAGCAGGGCCCACUCCAAUUUACGUUGGAUUCGGCUCUAUUGUGGUAGAAAAUCAAGUCAAACUAACUCAAAUCGUGUUCGAAGCAAUUAAGAACGCCGGCCAGCGUGCAAUCAUUUCAAAAGGCUGGGGAAACCUUGGAGUCGACAAAGUCGAUGUGCCAGAUAACAUCCUCAUCGUCGGCAGCGUACCACAUGACUGGUUAUUCCAGCACGUAUCAUGCGUGAUUCACCAUGGCGGUGCGGGCACCACUGCUGCAGGGCUUUCCCUUGGACGUCCAACCAUUAUUGUUCCUUUUUUUGGAGAUCAACAGUUUUGGGGAGGAAUCGUUGCUGUGGCUGGUGCUGGGCCGGUGCCUGUACCUCACAAGCAACUCACAGUUGAGAAGUUGACCGACGCAAUUCGGACAGCGCUGAAAUCAUCAACUCAAGAGAAGGCACAAGAAAUUGCAGAUAAGAUGAGGAAAGAAUCCGGUGUGAAGGAUGGGGUGCGCAGCUUUCAUCGGCAUCUCAAGUUGAAGACUUUACAAUGCGCAAUAUGUCCCGAUCGUCCUGCUGUGUGGCACAUUAAGCAAACUUCCAUUGGACUCAGUGCUUUUGCUGCAUCAGUACUGGUUGAGAUGGGGGCUAUCAAACCAGAAGAUGUCGCUUUAAACCGAGCUUCAGAAUAUGACACGUACCGGAAUCCCACGGGCCCUUUUAGCGCAGGAGCUCAAGUGCUAGUUGGAGCCAUUGCGAACUUUGUGACCGGGAUCGGCGAGGUCCCUUACGACAUAGUUUCGGAUUUUGUUACCGCUGGUCGUGCGAUAGGUCAAAGUCGUCCACUUAGUAGUCCCUCAUCAAGAUUUACUUCGAGGAAAACCCGCAGAAGUCAGGAUACAACCCUGGAUAGUGAUGAGGAGCAGUAUCGUGAGCCUGCCGAGUAUCAUGGACCUUCUGAAUGCCAUGGACUUGGCCGUCCAACUCAUGAUGACAACGACGGCAUAAGCCUUGACACGAACGAUGACGAAAACGACAACGUGAGGCACAAUAAAAUGAACCACAACUUACCAGCUAGUGCUGCUGGUCAGAGACAAGGCGUACCCGUUGACGAGAACCAGCUUUUGAGCUAUAUGAAGUCACCCAAGGGCCAUGGUACUAUGUACGAAAUUCGAACCCACAGCAGUCGGAUGUCGAAGAAGUUCUUGAAAAAUAUACUCUGGCUCCCAACGGACGUAACUCUCAGCUUCUCCAAAGGGUUCCAUAAUGCGCCGAUGUUUUACCAUGACCAAAUGGUCAAAGAAACGCCAAAGGUCACCGGCUUCCGGAGUGGACUCGCGGCAGCUGAAACAGAACUUCGAGAUGGCUUCUACUAUGGCAUCACGGGCUUGGUCACCCAGCCCCAAUAUGGUGCUAAGCACCAUGGAACGAAAGGAAUGGUCAAGGGAAUUGGGAAAGGAAUUGGCGGCGUAAUUCUGAAGCCACCAGCAGGUAUCUGCGGGCUCUUCGGAUAUCCCUUGGUUGGACUUCGCCUAAAGCUUCAAAAAUCAUUAGGUAGGAGUCAGCAGCUUUCUAUUAUGGCAUCUCGCAUAGCGCAGGGUAUUGAAGACAUGCGGGCAUCUACCGCCGAUGAACGGGCAGAGGUUGCUAGAAAAUGGCAUCUUCUUGAAGAGGAGCUUCGUGCCUCUUCCUGA